GUCAAAUCCCCAGAACUUACUUGCUGUUUCCGCGCCAAACGCGCUCUUUUUACCUUCACGUCAUAUCUCCCACUUGUAAACUGUCUUAAACGCUAUUGGUCCAUUGUUUCUUUGUGUGUGCUAUUUACCAAUGAUGCUCAAGGACAAAUUGUUGUUGUAUAAAUGCGCUUGACUUUUUCCCUUAUUCGAUUGCUUGUACUCGGCUGCUUACGGAAUACAUAUAUAUUCCCCUACUUGCCUUGGACUUCUUCAUCUAGUUAGCGGGGCCUGGGACAACAGAUUAGAAUAGCUUAUCGUGUCAUUGGCUUUCGUUCGUUACCGCGGAAUCGAUUUAGUUUCAGGCAUAACAGGGUCGCGUCAGUAUAGCUAGUUAUCGGUCUCUGGUCACGUGUCUUUGUUCCGUUCGUUACUAGUGAAUUCGUAACGCUUCAGAUAUAUCAAUUGGCGACGGUGAUUUGGAAAUAUGGAUCCUGCAAAAGUGGAAUCAUUGCUCGAAUAGCAGAUGAAACUUAUCAAGAUGUUAACAGAAACAAAAAUUACGACUAAUAGCCAAUCAAGCAGCUCUAAUCCUACCACUACUGCACCUUCAGUUGAUGGUAUGGCCAGCAGUAUUUCUGAGUUUCAUUACGAUCCUGAAUCUAAUGUUACGUUUGAUAUGUGGUUCCGCCGUUAUGAAGAUUUAUUCAGAUUUGAUUUUGCCAAUCAAGAUGAUGCUUGGAAAGUCCGUUUGCUGCUUCGAAAGCUGGGUCCUAGUGAAGUUGAUAAAUAUUGUAACCUAAUUUUGCCUCUAAACCCACGCGAUCGCUCAUUCUCAGACACUGUUCAGUCAUUGAGCCAACAGUUUGGAGAUAAUUCCUCACUGUUCAACACACGCUAUCGAUGUUUGAAGCUGACUAUGAACGAAGACACCGAUUUUCUGACGCAUGUGGGCAUUGUCAACCGCGAAUGCGAACGCUUUCGGUUGAAGUCGCUAACUGAAGAUCAGUUUAAAGCCCUCAUUCUCAUCUGCAGCCUCCAAUCGCAAAAGUUCGGUGACAUUAGAACACGGUUGCUCAGUCGAUUGGAUCAAGACCCUAAGCUGACUCUAAAUGAUAUUGCUAACGAAUAUCAACGUCUAGUUAAUCUGCAGCAUGACACUACCAGUAUAGCUAGUUAUCGGUCUCUGGUCACGUGUCUUUGUUCCGUUCGUUACUAGUGAAUUCGUAACGCUUCAGAUAUAUCAGUGUUGCUACUGAAUGUCAGCAAUUUUUCGGAGACAACGAUGAUCAAAGACAGAGAGUCGUCUAACAUCUUCAACUCGGAGAGACCAGGUUUCACAAGCACAGAGCAAAAUCGCUCUCACCGAUGCGUUAUAGAUCCUGAGGGAACAAAUGGCGUUUGAACCAAUCGUUGGUCACCGAAUACCAUGGGACUGCAUCUCCUGAUGUUGUUCCACUACCUCGUGGAUCAGACCUUUAGGUCAGAGGCUCCUAGUGUCACCCCCUAAGAAAACCACCUGCUU